ACGUUAAUUCAAUAGAAUAACUACAUUACCCAAAAUCCUGUGCGACAAAAAAAAAAGCCGCUUUAGCUGACGACGUGGCGGAGGUGCGUCUCAGCCCCGUGCUUCAGCAGACCGGGGCGAUUCAAACAGGGUGAGCCGGCUUUGUUCAUAGCUAACGUGAGUAGUUCAGAGAGCCUCCGGUAUCAACAAGCCUCUCUAGAAGUGUGACAUUAUCACCGUCUCGCAAUGUCUGGGAAAAUCAAGAGCCGAAGUGCUGCAAACGCGGACUCGAUAACCGGCGGCGUGUCCUGCGAUGAGCGCAUCUUGCGGGAUUGUCAUCAACUGUACACGGAUCCCGAAAGUGGGUUAAUCUCAGUAGCCGAAACUGUUGCUGUGAAGUUGCUGCCGCCCAGAAAAAAGAUCACUGUGAUGCUGAUGGGCAACCACUCUGCUGGGAAAAGUUCCUUCAUCAACUGGUAUGUCGAAGAGCACAUCCAGCGCACUGGAGUGGCUAUUGAGACCCAAGGCUUCAACUUCAUUACAAGUGGUCGCAAGAGAGAAUCUCUCACAGGAAAUGCAACCCUUCAUCUAUAUCCACACUUCAAGCCUCUGCAGGAGUUCAAAGGUGUUUCAGAGUACUUGAGCACAGAGAUCUGCACGUCGCGACAGAAACGGUUCAGCCUGGUGACAUUCGUGGAUUCGCCGGGGUUGGUGGACGGCGAUAUGAAGUAUCCCUUUGACGUGGAUGAAGUUAUCAUGUGGCUGGGCGAUCUCUGUGACCUGGUCCUGGUCUUCUUUGACCCCAUGGGUCAGGCUCUGUGCAAGCGCUCCCUCAACAUCGUGGAGCGUAUGAACGAGAAACACGGGGAUCGGCUGCGCUUCUACCUGAGCAAGGCGGACGAGGCCGGCGGGGAGUCGGACAGACAGAGAGUAAUGAUGCAGAUUGUCCAGGAGCUCUGCAAGCGACCAGGACUCAACAAAUGUGGUUUUGACAUGCCCACCAUCUACAUUCCUAAUCCAAAUAAGCCCAGUCGCUGUGUAAACCAGAUUGAGGAGGUUUGUCGCACCAUUGAGAAAACCAUCAACCAAACGGUCCAGAACACCCUCAACUCUCUGGAGAAGGACUGCGAGCUCAUCAGCGAGGCCAUCACCGACACCCUCAGUGACGACAGGCAGACCAGUGCUAUGAACCGGCGGGCGCGCUGUAAGAGCUGCCUCCUGACUCUGCUGGGCUUUACCGUCCCUCUGGCUCUGAUGGCUUUACUGGUGCUGGGCAUUCUGUCCCAGGAGGUGCUGGAGGUGGCGCUGGGCCGCGAGGGGACGGAGACGCUCUCCCUCUACCUGACUCCGAUGGUCAAAGUGUUUGACUCCCUCUCUGUGGAGCAGCAGCUGUACGGCUGUGGAGGAAUGGUCCUGCUCUCCUUCCUCCUGCUCAUCAUCGCACGCUUCUCCUUCAGGACUCGACCGACUCUUUCAGGCAAACAGAAAAGGCAACUGCAUGAGAAGCUGGAGUACGUUCAGGAGGUGGUCAAGACCAAGAAGAAAAAGCUGUAUGAAGAAUACCUUCGCCAGAGUGUCAGCGACCAGGACAUGGACUUGUAAAGACGGACCGCAUCCCCACACUGACGCCGGACCAAAUCAAACGAAAGCGUCGCCGUGGUUUCCCACCAGCGUCUUGUGGUGCGGAUGUAAACGUUGAGCACAUGGUACACUCGUAGAAACCCAUCUGAGAUCGGGUGCUUUGUAUCCCGUAAAGCCCCAUUUACUGUUUAGAUGCUCUGUGAACACUCUAAAACACACUAACUCCAGAUUAUUGGUUUGGAAGUGAGCUCUUGUUACUGAUUACUUAUGUGUUGUGAGCAUUUAUAUACAUGUAUUUUGUGCCUCUGCUCCAGUCAAAAGAAUUCAGGCUUAUACCACUAUAAGAUAUGUAAACAUUUGCAAACUAUUUAUAGUAUUCCAUUCACAGAGAAAUUAUAUUUUGGUUAAAGGGCAUGCAUCACUGGUUUACAUCAGUAGCUUUGUGUACGUUUUUGAAGACUUUCACCAGCAUUUUUUUUACAGAACUGUGACUGCCUGGCAUUAUGAAUUCAGUUACACAUUUGGUACUAAUAAAAUCAUGAACAUCUAUGUUUGCUAAUAUGUAGAAUAUUCUAUUACACACACACACACACACCUGUAAAUCAAGUAAAUAUCCAGCAAACAUUU